AUCCCUCGCUCUCUCUGUCCAUCUCUCUCUAGAAGCUCUGUCUUGUUACUCUGCUCUGAGCUUCACAAAUUCACAACCCAAAUCGUUUUCAUGCGUUUCCCACAACAAUUUUCGAUCCAAAAGCUCCAUAAUCACUUGCUGUUUCUAUGUUUCUUCAAUACAUUAAGGUUCUUUAGUUUUAUACAAUAAAACCCCGCGUAAAAACUCGCGCAAAUCUCGAACCUUUUAUUACGUGAAGAUUUGCGCCUUUUUCUGAAGAUCUUUGAUUGAAAUUUGAUAAUUAUACUACAUAAACCCCUAGUAGUUGAUGGCUUCACCGGACCUUGACUCUUCCUGGCCAUCCUCGACUGGUGAAUCCUUCUGCGGAUAUUUAAAUAUACACCUAGAGGAAGAUAAUCCAGCCGAAAUUUUACCUGUGCUGGAAGUUUCCACAUCUUCUGUAGCCUCUAAAUGUAAUAUUCCCAACCCACCUUCUCUACCUGGUAAAUCAUGUAGUAGAAACAAAUAUUCCAAUAGGCUUUCGGAGCGUAGCUCUGUCCCAAAGGAAACAAAAGAUACAUGGGACAAGCUUUUCAAGGAAGGAUAUGGUUCAGAUGUCUAUAUUAUUACAGAGGACAAAUCAUAUAUUCAGGCUCAUUCCAGUGUUCUGAGUGUUGCAUCACCAGUGCUGCAGAAUAUUCUGCAGCAAGCAAAAGUUAAGAAUGGUAUGAAAUACAUCAAGAUUCCUGGGGUGCCUUCUCAAGCAGUCUAUGUUUUCACUCGUUUUCUUUACUCAUCCUGCUAUGAAGAGGAAGAAAUGAAGCAGUUUGUUCUCCAUUUGUUGGUUAUGUCACACUCCUACUCAGUUCCAUCACUGAAAAGAGUUUGUAUAUAUGUUCUGGAGCAAGGCUGGCUGACCAAAGAAAACGUGAUAGAUGUGCUUCAAUUGGCAAGGAACUGUGAUGCACCGCGGCUCUCCCUCAUUUGCAUUCGUAUAAUUGUCGGGGACUUCAAAACUAUAUCUUCAACUGAAGCUUGGAAAGUAAUGAAGCUUUCUAGUCCUGAACUUGAACAAGAGCUUCUAGAGUGCGUUGUUGAGGCAGAUUCCAGCAAACAAGAGCGGUCGAAGAAAAUGGAAGAGAAAAAGGUGUACUUCCAACUGCAUGAGGCGAUGGAAGCCCUGCUUCACAUAUGCAGGGAUGGGUGUAGAACAAUAGGGCCUCGUGACAAGGUUCUAAAAGGAAGUCUGGUUGCUUGUGGUUUUCCUGCUUGCAAAGGACUUGAGACUUUAGUCCGUCAUUUCUCUAGUUGUAAGACCCGGGUUCCUGGUGGAUGUGUUCACUGCAAGCGCAUGUGGCAGCUGCUUGAAUUGCAUUCUCGCAUGUGCAAUGAGCCUGAUUCUUGCAAGGUCCCUCUUUGUAGGCAUUUCAAGGAAAAAAUGCAGCAGCAGAUGAAGAAAGAUGAGGCAAAGUGGAAAUUGUUGGUCAGUAAAGUGAUAGCUGCAAAGAAUUUACUGGGGCCGUUCUCAGGUCGGCGCUCCGGUUUAUUAUGACCCCCCAUUACUGAAUACACUUUGUAUAUUCAUAGGAAUAUGAGGGUAUCAAUAAAAUACCUCAAUUUUUUUAGAGGGAAAAAAAAAUCAAUGUGAGCUCAAGCUCACUGCCUUCGUAAGAAAUCGUGGGAAUUGUUAAAAAAAAAAAAAGGGGGGGGGAUUAUGUAUCCUUAAGGACAGAGAGUAGUCUGCAUGCAAUUCUUUCCGACUUUAAGUUAUAAACCAAGAUGCCAUGUUGAAUUCAGUUCUAGGAUCUGAUACAUUGAUGAGCAGACUCAUGAAAUGCUUGUGAUGGCAACACGAGAGCCUGAUUUGGUUAUUGAACU